AUCGAUCUCUCCGCAAACCAAAUACAAAAAAAUCGCAACAAAAUUUCAUUUCAAUUUCAAUCUUAAAAAUUCAUCAACAAAAUCUUUCACUCACACUUCAAAUCCACUGAAAAAAAUUACUUCAAAUUCACACCAAAAACAGGGGACUCUGUUCAAGAAUUCCCUUAUGUAAUGCAUCAGAAGAAAUCAGAACCUCAAAUCGGAACAGAUAGCACCGGUAUUUCUUCCGAUUUCAACCCCAAUCCCAUCAUUUCAUCUUCCAUCGGUAUUAAUUUCCCUCAUAAAUCCCCUGUUUUUCACUCAAUUUCUCAUUCUAAUAAUGUUAAUAAUAACACUAGUUAUCAACAUCAUAUUAAAAUUAACGAUUUUGAACUUGACCCAUUUGGUUCACCUAAUAAAAGACCACUUUUUUCCCACACAAGAUCACCUCUUUUGUCAAACCCUUUUACAAAAUCACCUGUUUUGUUAAACCCUUUAAGGAAUUUGUCAAAAACCCAUUGUUGUACCCGGUUUCGGAACCCGAAAGCAGCUGCUUUUCGCCUUCUUGGCCGGUUUCGAACCCGUAUUCGGUUGGUUUUGUUGCUGUCUCUUCCGGGUUUUUACUUCUUGGUUUCGCACCCGAGUCGUUGGUUGGUGGUUGAUUUCGUAUCGGCUUUUGCGUUUUCUAGUGCGUUGUUGUUUUCGCUGAAUCUUGCUCUCCCUAGAUUACCUUGGAUUAGAUUGUUCCCAAUUAAGUUGUAUUCGUCGAGACGGUAUUUGUCUGUGUUUUGGUCGAUCGGGUUGAGGCGAAAAGGGGAUAAACGGGCAGGUGCGGGGUGUUGGGUGCAGGCGUAUAGCAACGGGGAUGUGUAUGAAGGGGAGUUUGACAAGGGUAAGUGUUGGGGUUGUGGGGUGUAUUACUACUACAUGAGUGGGAGGUAUGAGGGUGAUUGGGUUGACGGGAAGUACGAUGGUUAUGGGAUGGAGACGUGGGCGAGGGGUAGUCGGUAUAGGGGGCAGUAUGUGAUGGGUUUGAGGCAUGGGUUCGGUGUGUAUAGGUUUUAUACGGGUGAUGUUUAUGCGGGUGAAUGGUUGAACGGUCAGAGUCAUGGAUGUGGAGUUCAUACUUGCGAGGAUGGUAGCCGUUAUGUCGGAGAGUUCAAGUGGGGUGUUAAACAUGGUCUUGGUCAUUACCAUUUUAGGAACGGAGAUACAUAUGCAGGCGAAUAUUUUGCAGACAAGAUGCACGGGUUUGGAGUGUAUAGAUUUGCAAACGGUCAUAGAUACGAAGGUACAUGGCACGAAGGAAAAAGGCAAGGACUCGGUAUGUACACUUUCAAAAACGGAGAGACCCAAUCUGGCCACUGGCAAAACGGGGAGCUUGAUAUACCGAGCUCACAGAGUGCCAUGUACCCUGUAUCUCCCGUUGCGGUUUAUCAUUCUAAAGUGCUUAAUGCAAUUCAGGAAGCGCGAAGGGCUGCGGAGAAAGCGUAUGAUGUAGCCAAGGUUGAUGAAAGAGUUAGUAGGGCGGUAGCAGCCGCUAAUAGAGCUGCCAAUGCUGCUAAGGUAGCUGCCGUAAAGGCGGUACAGAAACAGAUGCAUCGCAUGCCUAACCGGGACGGGCUUCCUAUCCCAAUGGUUCAAAACUUUCAUCAUCUAUCGACGCGAUUAUCGGUUUGACUUUAUCCCAAUGGGCAAUUGGGCAUAGUUUUGUUUUCAUAUCUAUACAGUUUUACUUAAAAUGAAGAGGGAGGUGGUGACUGCAGAAAGUUGAGGGGUUUGUUUGUAAAGUUUAGGAUUAGAUUUUAGUGUUGGCAUUCUGUGUGUUAUGAUAAAAAGAGUAUAGAGGGGUCAUAUGUCAAUAAUAGAAAUAGAUGGGGCUAAUAGGAAGUUGUGUUGGUCUAUUAUCUCCCUGAUUGUACUUAAAGGAAGAAGGGUAGGGUUCUGGAGUGAACACUAGUGUAUUUGUGAACUGAGUGAACAAAUCCUGGCCAUUGAUUUACACUUGUGUGUUGAUAAUCAAGGGUUAGGAUUAGUUCACUAGUGUUCACAAUCAAGGGGGUUAUUCACUAAUGAACCUAACCCUAAGGAAGAAUCACUCGGUAAACUUCAUCUUCUCUUAGUGUUCUUCUCUUUAUCGAUCUUGUGCUGGAUUACCAAUUGUGUUUGUAACACGUUUGUAACACUAUGUGUAUCAACAUACGACAAAAUACUACUACUACUACUACUGAUGUUAUAAGUCUAAAUCUGAUAUUUCUUGGAUUUUGGCA